AUGGCUUUGAUGACAGCUGCAAGGUGGUUUGCGCUGCUUAGCUUUGUAUGUGUCUUGGCCACGGUAUCUGCGUUUUCUAAUGACAGGUCGGAUAACCUUGCCGUUUACUGGGGCCAGGACUCCGGAGGUAACCAACAGCGCCUAUCCUUCUACUGUGACGACGAUACGAUAGAUGCCUUCCCCCUUGCGUUCCUUUACGUGUUCUUCGGCAAGGGGGGUAAACCCAUGUUGGAUCUUUCGAAUAUAUGCAGCCAAUCUGGCAGUGGUUCGUUCAAGGGCACCAACCUCGCGGACUGCUCCUUCCUCGCUUCGGACAUCCGGACUUGUCAGGCUAAAGGCAAAAUUGUUACUUUGAGCCUUGGGGGUGCCACUGGGAAAGUUGGUUUCAAUAGUGAUUCACAGGCUAGGGGUUUUGCUAGGGAUAUUUGGGAUUUGUGGCGGUGGUCCGUUCCUUACAGCAACACGCGUCCGUUUGGAAGUGCAGUUUUGGAUGGGAUCGACCUAGAUAUCGAAUCAGGCUCAUCAGCCCAUUAUGCUGCAUUUGUGAACGAGUUACGAAGUUUCAUGAAUGGUAGUGGGAAGCGCUACUACAUUACAGCAGCCCCUCAGUGCCCGUUCCCUGACCAAGCCAUUGGUGCUGCUCUUAAUGGAGCAUCCUUUGACGCAGUUUACGUCCAGUUUUACAACAAUUUCUGUGAAUCAUCUAGACCGAAGGAUUUCAAUUUUGAUACGUGGGACAACUGGGCACGCAAGCAAUCGCCUAACAAAAAUGUUAAAGUGUAUUUGGGCGCACCUGGGGCACCCAGUGCUGCCGGCGAUGGUUACGUGAACAUCAACACGCUCAUCAAUUUAGCGAAAGACGCCCAGAAACGUUACCCUUCAUUUGGUGGCGUCAUGCUUUGGGAUGCCUCGGAGGCACGAUCCAAUAAUCGUUACGACAGAGCUAUUAAGCAGGCACUGGUGCAGGACCAACCGUCUCGGCCUCCCACUACCACCGUACCUUCGCGUCAACCCGGAACUACGAGGGAGCCAGCUACGACCCGUGCACCUGCCACAACCCUUGCACCUGCCCCCGCUCCUUCCCCUACGACCACAUCGUUUGCCGAACCGGAAAUCCUUCGUCCCCAGCGCGGUAGGGUAAUGCCUCAGACGGUCAUCCACCCCAACCUAAACUCCCGCUUCUUCCGAUUAUGA